ACAGCUACUUAUUUAAUUAACGAGUUACUGACCAGUGACAACGCAGGCAUACGGAAUAUAUCUGAACAUUUUGAUUGGUACAUCGUUCCUAGCACGAAUCCGGACGGCUACGAGUACACUCAUAGCACGUAUCGCAUGUGGAGGAAGACCAGGUCUCCAGGUGACAGAUGCUAUGGUGCUGAUCCUAAUCGAAACUGGGGAAUCGAAUGGAAUAAUGAUCUAGGUUCCAGUAGCAAUGAAUGUUCCGAGACCUACAGGGGAAAAGGAAUAUUCUCUGAGCCUGAAACAAAAAGUUUAAGCGAAUACCUGACAAAUAUGAAAGAUGAAUUACUAGUCUACUUAUGCUUCCACAGCUACAGCCAAGUAUUGAUGAUACCAUACGGUCUCAAAGGAAUGGUAGCUGACAAUGAGCCUGCACUGAGGGAGAUUGGGGAUAAAGCAAUCGAGGUUCUUAAACAACGACACAACACGCAGUAUGAAUUUGGUCCAAUCUAUGAAGCUAUAAAAUAUGAGGCCAGCGGCGGGAGCAUGGACUGGGUGAAAGAAGAACUGAAAGUCAAAUAUACUUUCGAAUGGGAAUUGCGUGACAAAGGACGCUAUGGCUUCCUGCUGCCUUCCAAUCAGAUCAUCCCCACGGCGGAUGAAACCAUCGACUCAAUCGUGUCAAUUCUGCAGGAUGUGCAAGCGCGAGAAGCAAACAAUUCGUGAACCUUCGUCGUUCAACACAUCACAACAUUGCAAAGAAAUCCUUGUAUUUAGACCGCUGUCACAAUUGACCAAAAAAUUAAUGGUCUACAUAUUUUCAGGAAUGAGCUGCUAUAGCAUUAUAGAUUCGCAACAUUGUAGGGCACUUGAUAAACGAAUG